UAAUGAAAGAAAUUCUUGGUUUGGCUACUGUGAUACUUAUGGGGAUUACCCUUUACAUGAAUGGAUAGAGUGAAAUUUCUAAUUAAAAUUAAUUUUAAUAAUGGCAAUCACUUCACUCUAAAUUUUAUACACAAAUUGAGGAAUAAUAUCGUAGAAUGGUCUUUGAACAAAACAAAAAAAUGAUUGAUGAACAUAAUGCUAAUCCUGAAAAUACCUAUACAAUGGCAAUUAAUUAAUUUGCUGAUUUAACAAAGGAAGAAUUUGUAGCCACUUAUUUAAGUUCUGAAUAUUCAUAAGGAUUAAAAAAGAAAUCAAUUAAAGCUAAGUCUUAAUCCAUACCAAAUGAAUCUUAUGAUUGGAGAAACACAACAACAGUGAGAGACAUGAAAUCUGGGUGCAUAUCAAGUUGGGCUUUUUCAACUGUUGGAGCAGCCGAAUCAUAUUUAACUGUGGUGAAAUCUUAAAAAUUAUUACUUUCAGCCUAAUAACUAUUGGAUUGUGAUGCAACAUCAUUUUCUUGCAAUGGAGGAGUUCCCUAUAAAGGUUUAGAUUAUAUUAUUAACUAUGGCAUUACAGUAGAAUCUGUUUAUCCAUAUGUAAGAAAUUAAUAUUAAUUUAUUAGACAGCUAGAUUUUCACCAUGCAAAAGAGAAGGAGGACCAUAUACUAUUAAUGGUUAAGAAGAUGUUGAUGAUCUUAAAAGUGCUUUGAGAUAAUAUGGAGUCUCAGUAUUUGUUGAUGCUACAAAUUGGCAAUUUUAUUCAACAGGAAUAUUUAGUAAUUGUGAAGAUAAUGUAAACUUUGCAGCAACAGCAGUUGGUUUCACUGAUCAAUAUUGGAUUGUUUAAAGUUCAUAUGGUACUGGUUGGGGAUAAAAUGGAUAUAUUUAUUUGGCACCUGGAGAUACAUGUGGAGUUGAAUCAUUUGGUGUUAGAGCUCUUUGAUU